ACAUUAAGGAAACUAUUCUUGCAGGACGUCUUGUGGUUGUGUCAGGAGGACAUUUCGUUCACGUGUUUCAUCUCCCCUGUCAGAGCAGUCUCCGUCCUCUGCAGUGCCGCGGCCGGCCGCUGGUGUCGCUGUGCACACAGUAUAUAUCUUCCGCCCGGCGUUCUCGUACAGAUCACAUUACUUGCACCAUGCUGUCGACUUCUAGCCGAGUGCUGCUGAGGAUCUGCCGGCCGGCCGUCGGGCCUCUCUCCACCACAAGGGCAUGCAGCAGCGCUGACGGGAGUUCCCGGGGCACGAAGAAAGAGAACCCGCUGGUGUACAUGGAUGUAGUUGCAGACAACCAGCCGCUCGGCCGCAUUGUUUUGGAGUUGAAAGCGGAUGUGGUUCCAAAGACUGCUGAAAACUUCCGGUCAUUGUGCACUGGUGAGAAGGGUUAUGGAUAUAAAGGGUCCACUUUUCACAGGGUGAUACCCAGCUUUAUGUGUCAGGGUGGAGAUUUCACUAAUCAUAAUGGCACUGGUGGCAAAUCGAUUUAUGGAAGCCGUUUCCCCGAUGAGAACUUCAUUCUGCAACACACAGGAUCAGGUAUCCUCUCAAUGGCAAAUGCAGGGCCAAACACUAAUGGUUCUCAAUUUUUUAUAUGCACUACAAAAACAGAAUGGCUGGAUGGCAAACACGUGGUUUUCGGACAUGUUAAAGAUGGCUUUGAGGUUGUAAAGAAAAUGGAAGCUCUUGGCAGCAAGACUGGACGUCCUACCAAAAAAAUUGUUAUAUCAGACUGCGGAGAACUUGAUUGAGGAACACCUUUUACAUAGAUCACUUGAUAGCUGUGAAUUUUUGGACUCUUAAUCUGCUUUACUUGCAAUGUGAAGUGUAUUCAUGGUAAAUAAGAUGACUAUAAAACUAAAAACCUGAUGAUGCGGCACUUCACUGAGCCCAUGAUGUGCUAAAUUUUAUUGACAACAUUGCUGGUAAGAUUAAGAAUGUGAAGUUUACUUGAGCCUGUUCUAAAGAACUAAGUCGCUUAAAAUCACUGGACAUGUUUGGAAUUGAUCCUUGACUGAUUUAAUCUGUGAAUUGCUUAAUUUCAUAAAAUAUAAUCUACACCUGAAAUGUUAAUAUUACUGUAAAUGGUUUAAUGUUUCAGGUUGGUGUUGGGUAUGUCAAUGCCUACAUGCCACUUACAUUUCUGUUACAUCAUACUUUUCAUCUCUAUAACGUGAUUGUUAUACUGGUGUUUCUCAUAAGGCACUGUUUGCAUAGCCCUAAAAGUAAUAUAUGGUACUUUCACUAAUGAUCCUGCUGGAAUAUAUUGCACUAGCUCAGACAAGGUUUUUCUGGUACUUAAUAUUGCUAGUAGAGAUGAGAGAAUUUCCUCUUAUGAAAUUUGUUCACACUUUGUUGGUAAAAGGUGAAUUGCGUUAUGGAUUCCGUUACUACGGUUAUUCAUUCCAUCAUAAUAGAAGUCUAUUGUCUGCAAAACGGAUCCGUUAUGCAGGGGAGGACUCUGCUGUUACAUGGUGCACAUCACCUCCAACCAUUUAUUGGUAAAUUUCCCCUAAUGUCUGCUUGGGGUCCAGUAUCUGAUGUGAGAUAAAUAUUCCACUGGUGGGAAUGCCCCACAUAUGCCUUAUGCCAGCUACCAAUAACAGAGCCAUUCUGCCCAGGUUGUAUGCAUUGUGUAAGAAGUGUAUCCUGAUCACUAGCAUGAAAUGGCCUCCAUUCCCUGUCUGCGAUAGAUGUGGGGGAGGGUACAGUAAAGUGAGGCUUCAGUAUUGUGACACGAGUUACCCUGUAGCUUUAGGCGGUCCUCUGUGUACUAAUACAUUACGGUGGGAUGAUCUGUAAAUUCUAGCCAUGUUUUGUACACUGACUCGGAAAGAAAAUAUCUAUUUAUUGUUUUAUAGGAUUUGUACAUGAAUAACCUCAGUCUUCCCAAAUUCACUUAUUUUUUUGUAAGCAAAAUGUUUGUAAUUUUGAAUAAAAAAAUUUUGCUUGUUUAAAAAAAAACACAUUAAAUUUUAUUUUAAUAAAA